AUGGAUAUCGACGAGGAGCGUCUUCUCGACGAUCUCCAGGUGAGACUUGCGAAGAAUAACGAAAUUGAAGCGAAAUUUCGUGCGGAAAUCAAGCAGAAAACUAGUUUGAGUGAGCAUAGCAUCACAAAACUGGUGAAUAUCGUUUUCGAAUUAAUUGUUGAAAAAGAAGAGCUAAUUGAUAACCGAGAAGAGUUGAUUGCGAAAUACAUAAAAAUGGUCGAAUAUCUGCAAAAAGAGGCGUCAAAAUCACAGAGUGAUGCUGAAAUGUUGCAGAGCUUGUCUCCAACACCGCCAAUACAGGCCAUCGAUGCAACGUCGCCAUCACCACAGCAGACUCUCGCCGUCGUUGGAAAUCAAGGAGGACAAGGAUCAGCGACAGACAUGGUACGGUUCUUGCAAGAAAACGAAAUUGAUUCUGUCGAAGAGCUUCAAGAAAAGCUGACAGAGUUGAGUAAAUUGAAGCGAGAAAUUAAUCUCUAUCGCAAUUUGCAGCAGAAACGUGAGAGAAUCGCCGCCGCAUCGUCGUCAGAGUCAAAUGAAGAGCCAAAACCGGAUUCGAGCAUCGUCAAGUCUCUCCGAUCAAAAGUUAAGGAUUUGGAGCAAGACAAAGAGCGACUCGAAGAAGAAAAUCAAUCGCUGAAAGCAAUUUCUUCCGGAAAGAUGUUGGGAAGGAUUGAAGGCGGAAAUUUGACGUCAGGAUGGAGGUCAGACAGGAAGGAAGUUUUCCGGAAGCAAGAUGAGUAUUUCUUGGAAAAAGAGAGAGCGCGUGAGAAUGUGCACAACGGGACGAUGAAUGGGAUUUCGCCUGAGUAUGGGGGAGAAGAACAGAAGUUCUUCGCUAAGCCGCAUUAUCAGUCAAGUUGGGAUAUGGGUAGAUCGUCGGAGAUGGCAAUGUUUGCGAUGAUGCAACAGAUGAGAACUGAAGAUCGUUUACCAGAGCCACCGAAAUACACAGCUGAAGAGAAAUCCACGUCGCUAGAAGCUUAUGUUCGUAUUUUCAAAAUGAAAUACGGAAGGCUAAGCGAAGAGCAGCAAGUGAUUCUUCUGGAAGCUAAUUUCCUGGGUGGAAAAGCGCUGAAAGUGUUCAAAAGUAUCUCUGAAUGCGAGAAAGAAUCUUUUGAAACAGUCAUAGCUGCGAUGUCAGAUAGGCUAAGAGUUUCAGAAGCUGAUGAGUCUCAUCGAGCGAAAACUCGUUGGGAACAGCUGCGUCGGAGGGAGAAUGAAACUGUUGAAGACUAUUGCUUGGCUCUAGAUGAACUUGCAAAGCGUGCAUUUGUUUGGAUAAGUCCGAGACAAAUUGCUUCAAUCAAAAUUGCAAAAUUGCUCAGCGCAAUUUCGAACAAUGAGUUUAUGACGUCGGCGGUUCAGGAUAAGAUCGAUGAUCUUCCACAAGUUGAGCAGUAUGAGGCUGCUAGAAAGAAGGCGAUUAGAAUGGAGCGUGGAAUGAUGGAAAGGGAGAAGAUUCGUCAAAAAGCUUCGGGUAGUGAUAAUGGGCGAUCUCGUCAAGAUGCUCAUCAGCCGAGGAAUUCGUUCAUUCCGAAGGAUAAUCGGAAUGGGUUCAACUCGCCUAGUCAGAACUAUCAAGCUAAUCCGUCGAACAAGAAUGUGCAGUUUAGUUCUUCUAGUAAUUGUCCACAGUCUUUUCCGUCUGAAAAUCAGUUGAGUCAGUCAAAUCAGCAGUCUCUGGGAGACAAUGUGUAUCAACCAGUUCCGAAGGAUGAAGUGAAGCAAAGUAAUGAUGAUGUUUUGGGGUUUCAAGGAUGUGGGGGAUGUAAGCGAGUAGGUUUUCAUGAGCCAUCCUGUUCGAAAGCUCCCAGAGGUUCAAAGAGUUGCUUUGUUUGUCAGUCACCGGAUCAUCACGCGCGAAGUUGUCCUCAGAAGGUAGAUCCUAAACAAUUGUCUUCUGACGUUUCGAGGCACAAUGCAAGUGUGUCAACUCUUGAGUAUGUAGCAAGUAGUAUGGAAGUGAAUGCUUCGGAACCUCCUGAUGGUAUCGUUCGGAGUAAAUGGGAGAAAGGAAAAAUCGUUGGUGUGGAUGUGGAGCUGAUGAUUGACAGUGGAGCAACGGUUUCGAUCAUGUCGAAGGAUAUGUGGAAGCAUAUCGUUAAAGUGAAAGGAAAGGAGUGGGAGAGAAACGUUGUGAAGGAACCUGCUAUGCAGAAUGCGAGAGCUGCUAAUAACGAGCUAAUCAAGCUGUUGUUCAUAGUCGUUCUCGAGACUUCUAUGCGUUGCAAAACUGCGAAAAUUCCGAACCACGUUGCCGAUGUUUCAAGAAGCGAUGUCAUUCUGGAUUUCAAUAAUUUUGAAUCAUUAGGGAUUCAGUUGUACAUUGAAGACGGUCAUCGUUCUAUUCGAUUGAUGAGGGAUAUUCUGCUGACUCCGAGAUCUCAAGAGAUUGUAGAAGUAUGGGUAGAAGGCUACUUCAGUGAUCCGAAGUGUUGUAUUGUCCAUCCGUUAAUAGAUCAACUUUCUGCGUCCGUCUGCCAAGUCAACAAAAAUGGGAAAUCUUUCCUCACGCUUUGUAACUCUGGAGAGGAUUCAGUCAUGCUAGAGAAGAGUCAAAUUAUUGCUCAGGGAGAAAUAAAAGAACUCGAGAAGCUGAGAGAGGAAGUCUCUAAAGAAUCAACGGAACAAGUGUGUUCAGUGAUGAAAGAAGAAGGGCAAGAGGAACGUGUUACUCGUUCUGAGCACAUUGAGAAUCAACUGAUUGAAAUGGAGUCAAUGUCGGUUUCUAGGAAUACAAGGAAUGAGAAGGAAGGAUGUGAGCUGAUCGGCAAGAAAGCUGUCGACAUAGAGCUAUGUCAAGAUCCCCAGUUGAAGCCAUUUAUCAAGUCUUCCAUUCAGGAUUGUCUUCAAGAAGAUGAGAUUCCAGAUCAUGGAGAUCUAAUCAUCUCCGCUGAGCUUGAACCAGAUAAAGGUCAAAGACCUGGAAGUGUCCCAGUAUCUGUGAACGUUUCGCCAGAUCCGUCCGAAAAAGAGGGAGAUGUCGCCGUUGGCGGUGUUACUCGAACACAGCCUUCUUCUCGUGGGAAUAGGGAAAGCCGUCCGGGGAUAAAUUCGGCAAUGAGAGAGUGUGAUGCGCGCUGCUUGUCUACAAAUUUUCGUGAUCAACAUCAGCAUGUAAUUCAGGAGCAAGCUGAUCCUCAAAAGGAAUCGUCACAUCAUCAAGGAGUCCUGUCUCCUGGAAAGGAUCCACCUGCUGUCGUCAAUAUUCCGAGCGAACCAACGCGGCCUCUCAAGGAUCCACUACCACAGUGUCAACCCCAGUACGAGCAUCUCAAUGAUCCACCGAAGUGUCAGCUACAGUAUAAUCAAGGAUCGUUUAUGAGUCUGCAUUCAAAGCCAAGUACAUCUACAGAAUAG